AUGUGCCGCCGCGUCGACACCAGUGUGGCGAUGCGGACGCAGCUCAUGUGCUGCCCCUUGCAGGUGUACGACCAUCGCAUGAUGGAAUGGCAGCCGUUCAACAUUAGCGAAAUGAAGUGGGCCGAGUCACGCACCUUCUUGGAUGCGUUGAUUCGGCGACUGAACAAUGGUAGUCCACAAUACAUCCCGCCGCUUCCGCAGGAGACGAUGCGGGCGGUGGAGGCGUAUAGAGAGCAAUGUGCGUCCAUGUACACAACAGCAACAAAGGGAAAUGGCGAUGCAGUCGCCAGCGGCGAAGGUGCACCUACCGCUACCUCCUCCGCAACAGAAGACGCUGGGGCUGCUGAGGCCUCUGCUGCUUCCCGCUCCUCCACCGCAUCACUGGGUGGUGCACGUGGCACCACCGUACCGUUAUGCGUGCUACCCUACAGUGCCUUGACAGUGGCUCUCCGGCAGAUCUAUGAGGCUACUCCGUUCUCUAUGAGCAACAUCACCAACGCCUUCGCAGCGGUCAAGGAGCUGCAGUACGUCUGCGACCUGGAUAGCGCGGGAAAGGCGAAGAUGGCGACGAUGGGCGCUGCGUCGUCCUCAACGUCGUCUUCGAAGGCUUCUGAUGUGGCACAGCUGCAGCGAGCACUGGAGGUGAUGCCGCUGCACAACUCUCUCAUUCACGGCCUCAACGAAGAUCAACGAGUCUCGCUACACCGCCAAACGCGCCGCGCGAAGAAGCGCUCCUCCUCGUCGUGCGACAACGACAAUCCAACGGCGACGGUUGCGGCUGCAACCUCAGGGGCAGCAAUGACUCCUGAACCACCCACGGCUGCGGGAAACGCUUUCGAUGGCGCACCUGAGAUGGAGGGGGAGGAUGAUGUAGGUAGUAUGGCGGAGAGGAGCGUAAGAGUGGACUUCACAAGCCUGCCGGUGGAGAGAAGGGCACCGUCCGGCGAGGAGCUGAGCGACAUCCUCUCCGCUCAGGGAGAGGUGACGGAAGAGCCCAAGGAGGUGCAGCUGCUUCUUUCUCAUCCCACCGCACGCGGCUUUUUCCGGCGCACCGUGCUACUCAUGGUGCGCCACGUCAUGCACGAGUCCGCGGCUCUUGUGCUCAACAAGCCGCUUCGCAACGAGGAGGGGGUGGAGAUGUCCGUCGAGGCGACGGUUCGGCUCGGCCGCGUGCAUCCAAUCUUUCGCCGACACCUGACGCAGCACACACUGAUGAUCGGAGGCCCGGUCAUGUCCGGCAGCUCCUUUGACGAGAGCAUCUUCCUUCUCCACCGAGUGCCUGACGUCCCGCACGCGCUGCCACUCGGGUCAAACCUGUGGCUGGACGGCGACCUCGACGUCCUCAUGGCGAAGCUGGAUGCGGGGGAGGCUUCUGCGGAAGAGGACAUUGUCGUCUUGUGCGGCUUUGCGGGGUGGGGCUUUGACCAGCUCAGGGGUGAGCUGGGCCAUGGCUACUGGGUGGUGGCCAGCGCCCCGAGCGGGGACGCAUCGGUCGGUGCGUUUGUGAUGUCCCUGGCCCGCACAACAGCGGGCCAGGACCAGACCCAGCAGGAUCAGCAGGCACCCAACACCGGUGCCGCCACUGCUUCGUCUUCGGUGAGUGAGAAAGAGCCUGUAGAAGUCGCAGGUGCCACAUCGGCCGGCCCCGCGAGUGACUUUGCUGAGCAGAAGCGAACAGGGGCGCCAGCGCACGAGGACACAGUAAAGCCGGAGGAGGGUAUUCGUGCUGAAGCGCAGCACGCAGCCGACGAAGCGGCGUCACGGGCGAUUAAGUUCAUCAAGCGCCGUCGUCGUCGUGCCGCCGGGUUCGGUAAGGUGCAGAGACACAUCGAGACUCUCUCGUGGGUCCGUGCGUAUGCGUCGGUGGGGCAGCCGUAUGCAGACAUGGCCACCAAUCAGAAGGCCUUUGCCGACGAUGACGACUUCCAGGAGUAG